AUGCCACAUCUAUUGACGCAAUACUUGGAUCUUGAUCGACCGCUGCAAGAAGAUGAGUCUUUACAAACAAAGCAAAUCCUGUUUGAUCUUUUUGGUUUUUUAGUGACAGGAUUUGCGGUUGUUGGGCUGAUGGAUGGCGAAGGUACAAGAGUUAGUUGGUCUUGCGGAUACAACGACUUGCAAGUUUCCGUAAUGGUUAACUGGCCUGGGUUGCCUCAACGUAGCUACAGAUUCAGGCAUUCUUUCUGGUCGUCCCAAAACGCUUCUAAUACUUUGGCGGAUGUUUUGAUUGAGCGCAAUUGA